AUGGCCCAGCACCAGCGUGUGAGUGUGCGGUACAGUGACAGAGUGAGAGUUUUGGCUCGGGGGUUCAGUGUUAUGGAGAGGCCAUCUGUCUCCAGCUGGACCAUUAGCUCCUCAGCUGUUCAGAGCGUGCCACGGAUCAGGCGGACCGAUCAGGCAGAGCCUGGAUGUGACAUGGCGAGUGUGCCCAGGCUCCAGGAAGCAUAUGGAGGGCCCCGGCUGCUGGCAGGUGGUGCUGCUCUUCUGAUGAUCCCAGGAACCUGCCAAAACGCUGCGAUGCUAGACAGCUCCUCCAGUGCCAAGACCUGA